AUGGCCCCACGCGUCCACUACACCAGCAGUGCUGCUCGUCAAUAUGGCUCCUCCGAUAAACUCAAAUCCUGCACCGCGCACGCGUUCUCAAUCCGUUCGAUCGAACGUCAAGUCGUUCGUGCAUGGAAGCAUGUCACUCAUGCUGCCCGUCACCGCCAAAAUCGUAUAUCUACGCUUCCGUGUGACUUUGUCUACGUCACGGACCGUCGCCGUAGCGCAAUCAUAUACACCCCUUCCAUGCCACAUGUCAACUAG